GCCCCUUCCGCCGCUCGCGUGCGCGCACGGCCGGCCCUCCGCGCGCCCCGGUUGGCUGCGGCGGGGCCCGCGGCGGUGGCGGCCUCGGCAGCGGUAGUGGUUUCCCCUCCGCUUUCUUAGUUUCCUCCGCCCCCUCCCGUCGGACGCUGCUGUGGGCUCGCCUUAAAAAAAUCAACUUUAUUGUUCCUCAGCCCCACCUCCCGGCGCGGCGCGCGGCCUCAGGAUGCACUGAGGCUGAGGGGAGGGAGGCGGCGGCGGGUCGCGGUCGCGGUCCCUCUCCGAGCGCCCGGCCGGAGGUGGGGGAGUCACGAUGUCUGGGAGCCGCCAGGCCGGGUCGGGCUCCGCCGGGACCAGCCCUGGCUCCUCGGCGGCCUCCUCGGUGACUUCCGCCUCCUCGUCCUUGUCCUCUUCCCCGUCGCCCCCUUCCGCGGCGGUGGCGGCGGCGGCGUCCGGCGGAGCGGCCCAGGCCGCGGGUUCGGGCGGCCUCGGGGGCCCGGCGCGGCCUGUGCUGGUGGCGGCCGCCGUGUCCGGCAGCGGCGGCGGGGCGGUGUCCGCGGGCCUGUCUCGGCUCAGCUGCGCGGCCAGGCCCAGCGCCGGCGUGGGAGGGAGCAGCUCCAGCCUCGGCAGCGGCAGCAGGAAGAGACCUCUGCUCGCCCCCCUGUGCAACGGGCUCAUCAAUUCCUACGAGGACAAAAGCAACGACUUCGUGUGGUGAGUUUGAAGAGCAUCGCCCUCCCCUUCCCUGAAUGAGGAGUUUGCCGUG